AGAUCCUGUGAGCUGCAGGUGGAACACCUGGACAGGUAGACGUUUGCUCACUCUGAGAGGACACCACACUCAAAGACGCUCCAGCAGACAGGUGAUGGUGUCAGGAUGUCUGAGGGGAGGCAGCGAACUUUGUCCACCUCUGGAGAGUCUCUGUACCAGAUCCUGGGUCUGCAGAAGGGCUGUAGCCAUGAUGACAUCAAGAAGUCGUACAGGAAGCUGGCGCUGCGGUUCCACCCCGAUAAGAACCCUGAUGACCCCGAGGCAGCAGAGAAGUUCAAGGAGCUGAACGGGGCCCACGCCGUGCUGUCGGACCUCUCCAAGAGGAACAUCUACGACUCGUACGGGUCGCUGGGGCUCUACGUGGCGCAACAGUUCGGAGAGGACAACGUCAACACCUACUUCAUGCUGUCCACCUGGUGGGCCAAGGGUUUGUUCGUGGUCUGUGGGGUUCUGACCGGGUUCUACUGCUGCUGCUGCCUCUGCUGCUGCUGCAACUGCUGUUGUGGGAAGCUGAAGCCGCCGCCCACAGGUGAGGGGGCGGAGCCAGAGUAUGUAUCCCCCGAUGACCUGGAGGACGAGCUUCGCCAUGACAACGAUGUCGAAGCUCCAAUCGUCCAGCAGCCGGCCAACGCCAGUGAGAAAACGCAGCUGAUCGGUGACGGACACCGUCGGUACGGAGACUCCUACACAUGAAGCUUCAGCAGUAAAAGGCGUAAAAUGUUCUCAACUUUUGGGUCUUGAAGCCACAGUUUGACGUUCACUGGAAUCCUAGAGAGUUUCUGAAGGUUCUUAGAGGACUUGUGGAGGUUUUUCAUGAUGUCAGACUGUCUCUGAAUUUAUAAACUGAACUUCUCCUGACUAAACUAGCACUCUGAUUGGCUGCUGAUUGUUUCCAGAGUUCUGUUAACAUCUGCUGUAAAUAAAGUUUUGGUUUGACAUAUGUUUCUACACUCA